AAAAGGAGAGAAAUGGAGGUGGGGGGACAAAUCUGAAAGAACAUUUGGAAAAAUCGAAAAAACAUUAGUAGCAAUAUAUAGCACACGCUAGGAGAGUCCUGUAGCUGAGGAGCUCUCAUUUUUGCAGAGCCAGCAAAACCAAAAGUGACUCGCAGAAUCGUCUUCAACAUUCCCAAGAAAGCAUCCAACUGAGAACGCAAGCCAGAUCAGAUUAGACAUUAUGAAGUCCUUUUCCUUCUACCCUUGAAGGUUAGAAGAACAAGUGAUAAGGAAGAGUAAACAAGUCCAAGAUGUUCUCAUUGUUUUAUGGACUUUGGAAGUAUAUGUUUAGUAAGACCGAGUUUCAUGUACUCAUUCUUGGAAUUGACAAGGCUGGGAAAACAACUCUAUUGGAGAAGUUGAAGUCAGUCUACUCAAACUUGGAAGGCCUUCCCCCUGAUCGAAUUGUUCCUACGGUAGGACUGAAUAUUGGUCGCAUUGAAGUGUCUAAUACAAAACUUGUGUUUUGGGACCUCGGAGGUCAGCCUGGUCUUCGUUCAAUUUGGGAGAAAUAUUAUGAAGAAGCACAUGCCUUGAUAUACGUAAUUGAUGCUGCUAGUCCAUCACGUUUUGAAGAUUCAAAAUCUGCAUUGGAAAAGGUUCUCCGACAUGAGGAUUUGCAAGGAGCCCCUCUUUUGAUAUUAGCAAACAAACAGGAUCUAUCUGAUGCUGUAUCAGCUGAAGAAAUUGCUCGAUAUCUUGAUCUUAAAAAGUUGGACGAAAGGGUUUACAUGUUUGAAGCUGUUUCAGCAUAUGAUGGUAUGGGGAUUAAAGAAAGCGUAGAAUGGCUGGUAGAUUCGAUGGAGAGAAGCAAGAGAACUGAUAUGUUAAGAGCUCGUGCAGGUGCAACUGGCCCUGCUUCUGCAUAGAAGAAACUGCUUCUGCAUAGAAGAAAUUAUAUAUGACAUUGCAUUUGAUUUUUCCCUUUUCUUUAAUUUCUGUAGAUAAAUGAGGGUUAAUAUUGGAUUCUACAUGAUUAAAAAUUAAUAUAUUUUUUUCAAUUGCUUAUUGCAUAGACUGGUCAAAUUGCAGAUAAGACUUACAUUUACUUUAUCAA